AUGGCUAUGGAGGUUCUUUCCCGCUUACUGGCGGAUUACCGUGAAUUAAAUACUUUCCAUGGCAUUAAGAUCUCUAGAGGUUCGCCUAAGAUCACUCAUCUGUUGUUUGCUGAUGAUAUAUUUCUUUUUUGUCAUGCUACUACAGAUGAUAUUCUUACUCUCAAGGCUGUCUUUGAUCUUUUUUCCGACCUCUCUGGUCAGGAAAUCAAUUUAUCCAAGAGCAGUAUACAUUUUAGCAGGAAUGUCCCAUCGGAUUUGCGGCGUACUCUAUGUACUCUGAUUGGGAUUAAGGAGAUGUCUUCGGAGUCUCGCUAUCUGGGCCACAAACAGGAAGCAUUCUCUGCUUCCCUCCAAGCAUUCAAAUCAGAAAUCUCCACAUACCUGAUUCAGUUCUCUAAUUUGUAUUCCAAACCCAGAUCUGAAAUCCUCACCUUGUCAUGGGUUCAGCAAUGUCUGCAACUCCUUCCCAGCAUGAACAGAGCAUUUAAGAAACUCAUGGUGGAUAUCAACUACCCCAUGAAUAGAUGGCAGGUCCCUUUGGUUGAUGAUUAUCUGAAAGAAAGCUUAAAAUUGUUAGAGCUUCUCAACUCAAUAACCUCCUCUCUUUCUCAUCUGGGUCAAGCUCGUAUGUCGCUCUCUUAUGCCUUGAGUCUUCUGGAGAAUUCACCUUCCCUUGCAAUGAAAACCCUGGAAGCAAUUCAGCCUCUUGGUUCCAACAAGAAAUGGGAAGGAGAAGAGACCAAAGCCAGACAGGAGGUAGUAAGGUACUCCUCUGGGGAAGAAUGGGUUAUAUGUCAAGCUAUGGCAAUUAUGAAGGUCGUCGGCUUUUGGAUAUGUGGUGUUGUGGCAUCAAGUCUAUGUGGAGACAUCGAAUCAUGCUUGAAGCUGAGGAAGUUAAUUGAGGAGCUCCCUAAUUCUUCCCUGAUGAGUUUGCAUGUGUCUGUCUGUGAAGAGAUGAUGAAGAAAGGAGGUCUGUUUGAGGUGAAGGAGGUAAACAAAGGAGUUGUUCAGCUUGGAGCAGUUACUUGUGGUGGAUCAAGCAGUGAUGAGGCAGAGGAAUUACGAAGAAGAGUGGAGAUAUUGGGGAAGCUAUUGAAGGAUGUAGGAAACGAAGUGAAUCAGCUUUUCUCAGAAGUUUUAUUGGAGAGAAAUAAUUUGCUUAAUAGCCUCCACCAAAAGCAAUAG